UUUGUGUGAAAUACAAGCUGGAACGGCCACCCAAGCGAGGUCACCGAAUCUCGUUCCCUCAAGUUUCAAGUCCUGCCGUCCUGGCUCCAUCGCUGCCGCCGGAUGAUCCGCAGCCGCAGCCUCCUCCCAACCUUCUCACAAAUCAAUGGUCUGCUCAGCCGUAACCUGGCUGCCAACGAGGCGCUGCAGUGGCUGGACGACGAACUCGCGUCGCUCGCGCUCCCCAAGCUCGACUCCUACGCGUGCGCAAGGUUCCUUCAGCGCUGCAUCGCUCGUGGUGACGCCCGCGCCGGUCGCGCCGUGCACGCGCGCGUCGUGCAGCGCGGAGGGGUGGCGCAGCUGGACACCUUCUGCGCCAACGUCCUGCUCAACUUCUACGCGAAGCUCGGUCCACUAGCCACCGCGCGUAGGUUGUUCGACGGAAUGCCAGAGCGGAAUAGGGUGUCCUUCGUCACGCUCAUGCAGGGCUACGCUCUGCGUGGGGAGUUUGAGGAGGCGCUGGAGCUGUUCCGAAGGCUGCAGAGGGAAGGCCACGAGGUGAACCAUUUCGUGCUCACCACGAUCCUGAAGGUGCUGGUCACCAUGGAUGCUCCUGGGCUUGCCUGCGGCAUCCACGCCUGUGCGUGCAAGUUGGGCCACGACAGGAACGCCUUUGUGGGGACAGCACUGAUUGAUGCCUACUCGCUUUGUGGGGCCGUCUGUCAUGCGAGGUGCGUGUUCGACGGGAUCGUCGGGAAGGAUGCUGUCACUUGGACAGCUAUGGUUUCUUGCUACUCUGAGAAUGACAUUCCAGAGUAUGCACUUAAUACUUUCUCCAAAAUGAGGAUGACAGGUUUUAAGCCUAAUCCUUUUGUGCUUACCAGUGCGCUCAAGGCCGCAGUUUGCCUGUCAUCUGCCUUGCUAGGCAAGGGCAUCCAUGGUUGCUCAGUCAAAACACUCUAUGAUACUGAACCUCAUGUUGGUGGUGCCUUGCUUGACAUGUAUGCCAAAUGUGGAGACAUUGAGGAUGCCCACGCCAUUUUUGAGAUGAUUCCCCAUGAUGAUGUCAUACUCUGGAGCUUUCUGAUCUCCCGUUAUGCUCAGAGCUGUCAGAAUGAACAGGCAUUUGAGAUGUUCCUCAGAAUGAUGCGGUCUUUCGUUGUGCCUAACGAGUUUAGUUUGUCCGGUGUUCUCCAGGCUUGUGCUAAUAUUGCCUUUUUGGAGCUGGGCGAGCAAAUUCAUAACCUUGCUAUAAAGUUAGGCUAUGAGUCUGAAUUAUUUGUUGGCAAUGCACUCAUGGAUAUGUAUGCGAAAUGCAGAAAUAUGGAAAAUUCGCUUGAGAUCUUCUCGUCAUUACAGGAUGCCAAUGAGGUGAGCUGGAACACAAUUAUUGUUGGCUACUGUCAGUCUGGUUUUGCAGAAGAUGCUUUGAGUGUGUUCCAUGAAAUGCGUGCUGCACAUAUGCUCUCAACUCAAGUUACAUUCUCUAGUGUGCUCCGGGCUUGUGCAAAUACAUCAUCCAUCAAACAUGCUGUCCAAAUUCACAGCUUGAUUGAAAAAUCCACAUUCAAUAAUGACACAAUCGUUUGCAAUUCACUGAUUGAUACAUAUGCCAAGUGUGGAUUCAUUAGGGACGCUUUGAAGGUAUUUGAAUCUAUAGUGGAAUGCGAUGUGGUUUCAUGGAAUUCCAUAAUCUCAGCAUAUGCUCUCCAUGGACGAGCCACAAAUGCUUUGGAACUUUUCGACAGGAUGAAUAAAAGUGAUAUUAAAGCAAAUGAUGUCACCUUUGUGUCUCUCCUGUCUGUCUGCGGUAGCACAGGCUUAGUCAAUCAAGGACUCUGGCUGUUUAACUCUAUGAUGAUGGAUCAUAGAAUCAAACCAUCUAUGGAGCAUUACACGUGCAUUGUUAGGCUUCUGGGACGUGCUGGCCGUCUAACUGACGCUCUAAAGUUUAUUGGGGAUAUUCCUUCAACACCAUCUCCUAUGGUUUGGCGAGCCUUACUUAGCUCAUGUGUAGUCCAUAAGAAUGUAGCUCUGGGAAGAUAUGCUGCAGAGAAGGUGCUUGACAUUGAACCACAUGAUGAGACCACCUAUGUCUUACUGUCAAAUAUGUAUGCUGCAGCUGGAAUUUUGGAUGAAGUUGCUCUUUGGAGGAAAUCAAUGAGAAACGUCGGUGUAAAGAAAGAGGCUGGCCUUAGUUGGGUUGAGAUCAAGGGGGAAGUUCAUGCCUUUUCAGUGGGAUCAGCAGACCAUCCAGAUAUGCGGAUAAUAAAUGCAAUGCUGGAAUGGUUAAACCUGAAGGCUAGUAGAGAAGGUUAUGUUCCAGACAUAAACGUAGUGUUGCAUGACGUGGAUGAGGAAGAAAAAGCUCGCAUGCUAUGGGUGCAUAGUGAGAGGCUGGCUUUAGCAUAUGGCCUUUCUAUGACACCUCCUGGCCAUCCAAUACGGAUAAUGAAGAAUUUGCGUUCCUGCUUGGACUGCCAUACCAUGUUUAAAGUUAUAUCUAAAAUAGUUCAACGGGAAAUCAUUGUUAGAGAUAUCAAUCGCUUUCAUCAUUUUGAGGAAGGAAUAUGCUCCUGUGGUGAUUAUUGGUGAUUUUCUAUUGUCCAUUUAUUUAUUUGAACAUAUGAUAGCAUAUCCUAUAUAGUGCUAUCAGUACAGUUUUGUAGGAAAGCUUCUUACCAUGACAAGACCUCCAAAAUAUACAUGCAUACUUGAUUUUCUGGAUGAACUGUCCUGAAAAUGAUAUGUUGCUUGAUCUGAAGAGUAUGCUGCUGAAGUCCUGUUUGGCAAAUGGUGCUGGGCACCAUGUCUCGGCAACAGCACUGGAGCGCAUUCCCAGUGCGGCUCCCACGCCUCCGCCACCUACAGUCUUUGCUUCCAUCACCGACUCCUACUAUCUCUGGCCCCACCAUGCCUCUGCAGUCUCCCGAGCCACCACUUCCACCAGCUGCUGGCUGUUGUGAGUUGUGACGCUGUGGCUGAUAGGCCAAUCAGCGACUCCACUGGUGGCAGGCAGAUCAGUACUGGAAUUUCAAAUGUCCGGAGCAACCAUCGCUGCAGCAUUAAGGACGACGAGGCUGAGUUAACAAUGCUGCUUGAUACUUGCAGUGGGGAGCUGAAUAAGCAGUUAAUAAAUCAUAUGUGCUAUUACAUCUGCAGUUACCCAUAGGGAUAUGUUUAGAGUAGCCCUCAGCUAAUGAUAUGCUGUUAAGCUGUUUCUUUCUGCUAUAACGGUAUAACCAUAGGUUACUGUUGUUUCUUAAUUUUUGAGGUUCAAAGAAGUCCAAUGGCUGAGAUUAUGAGGGAGGGAGUUCGUUAACAGGAACUCGAGGUAGUGUCUUUCACUUGAUGCCAUUUCUCUCCAGUGUCUUAGAUUUUGAACUCCUACACUACAAGUAUGCUAUGGUAACUGAAUGUACCUUAUUCGCUACUCCAUUAGAGCACAGGACAAUCAUGAAAUGUAAUGUCUCCCUAUCAUGUAGCCAGAGAAACAAAAAUAUUUUAGUAAUUUUAGUUCUAUAUAAACACACAACACUUAGGUGAUGAUUACCCACAUUGAAAUGACUUAAAAAGAUCACGAAUAACUUAAAUUUGUUAAGUCAUUCAAAGGUGGGUGAUCAUCACCUAGCGCACGCGCACACAGAGAUAUCUGGAUAUCUGAGGAUAUUGCAUAAGAAAUAAUUGAUGUGUUUAGUGUAGUUUACCUGCCAGACAUUGAUCAUGAUCUAUACCUAAUAUAUCAUAUGAUUGUCAUGAUUGCACUGCUCAUACCCUUUUUUGUGUAGUUAGGGCCUGGAAUAUAGUUGGCUUUUAAGGAUAGUGAGAUUGAAGUCGUUGGGGGUGAUGGAUCAACUAAAAGCUUGACUCUUCCCUUCUUCAUGAGACCAUGAGUCCUAUCCUCGUGCGCUAGGAUUGAGGGUGGCGCCGGUGCUCGCGCAUGUCACCAGCAUCAAUUGCAGGGUGGCGGACCUCACCUCCUGGCAACCCAUCUCCAGCAAUCCCUCUCCGCAUGUCGCGACAAUUGGCUGUCUCUUGCUCGAGCGAGCAUCACAGCUUGCUGGCUGACCACACGGCUGUGCCCUGCUGGCCAGAGGCCACCCCCAGGUACGUCAAUGCCCUCCCCCUGCUGCUGUCCUCCCCCCUUGUCAGCUUUACAGGAAAGCACCGAAUCUCUGCAUCUGUUCAAUAACAGCUUUCUGAUUUCUGCCUCCUCAAAUCUUGCAAUCUGUCCAACAAAAUCUGCAUCAUGUAUGGAUAGCUGGAUACAGCAAUCAUGAUAAGCCAUGAUGGUGAAUUGUCCAAUCUUUUUUUUUCAAUGCGGUGAAUUGUCAAGUGAUUUCAGUGAUGUCAUAUGGCUUAUAGUUUUCAGGUGAUUUCAUUGACGUGAUCAAAUUUCAGUUUGUCUUGGACUGCUGUGAAUGUAAUAUAGAAAAAUAUACUAGUGCAUAGAGGUGAUAUCCUUUAAUUUCCAUGGCAUCUCUUGCAUAGUACAACCUGUUAUUAGAAUUUAACACUGUUAUCCUAUUGAUUUUUUUUGACUCUGUCAUCCUUUGAUGGAUGUUCUUUUAGUGCUUGCUAGAUGUUAUUCUAGUACCAAAAAAAAAUAUUCAGAGCAGGGCUGCGAGAUCUGUUAUGCUAACUGAAUUCAGUGAAAUAUUUGUUUGCUUGAUUAAAGCAUGGCUGAGAAAGCAGAGUGCAGUGAUACCAAUUGGGGGAAAUUCAUUGAUAUUUGUAAAGGAGAGUUGAUGCUGGGGUUGGCCCAUGUUUUUUCUUUCAAUAGAACCAUUGUUUGCUUGUAUUGUAAACCAUUAUCUGCUUGUGUUGGUGCCAUGGAUAUUCAUGCCAUAUUUGUUGGGUUGCUGCCAUGAAACUUGUGCUUAUGUUGCUAUCUUCAAAUUGUUAUUGCUUAUGAAACAA